UCCUGGUGACUCCUGGAGCUGAUCAACCAUCCCCACGGAGGCGGUCUGUGUCCUCCCAACCCCCCCUUUUUGAGGCUUCCCGUCGGACACGCUGCGAGGAGAGGAGCAGACGGCUGUCCACCCCCCGCGAGCUGGGCCGCUGACCGACAGAGAGCAGCGUGCCGUGCCGCGCAGUGCCAGAUGCUCCUCUGCUGCUGCUGCCGCCGCCGCCGCUGCGUCGCAUCUCUCAAAGUGGGAACACUCGCUCCGCAAACGUGCGCACCCACGCCUCACUAACUUGGACCUCUGCCUCUGUUCGUGGCGAGAUUUGAACCUCUGCCGACUGCCAACGAUAUGUGACAUGUGACAUCGCAAGACGGACUCCAGAGCCCAGAAGUGUCACCGAACUAUCAGCAGAUCAACUUUUCCCACCGCGGAUGAAGAUUUGUCGCGGACGCGGAGCUGGAAUUAACCGGAGAGCGCGCGCACCUCUGUGUCAUUUCACCUGGACUUAUUUCAAGAGAGGCACCCGAAGCGAGGCGCGAUGCGCAGCUCCCCUGCCCGCCGCCGCUGCUGACGCACACGGGGAGCGAAAUUGGAUUGUAAAGUAUGAGGAGUCGUUCCUGAGGACAGAGGCGCUGCUCUCCGCGGCUGUAUGGAGAAGGGCAGCCCGAGGAUGACGGGCGGAACCCGGGAGACGCCGGUCAACUCCUCCCCGGCGGUGGCGGCCAACGCGGAGGGCGAGGAGAUCGAGGUUUUAGAGAGCACCGACGUGCUCCCCGUGGCCCCGGAGGACCAAUGGAAGUCUCUGUUUGACAAGUACGACCCAGAGAAUUCGGGCUUCAUCAGUACGGAGCGGUUCAGGGACCUUCUGGCGACCCACGGCUCUGAGCUUGACCCGCACAAACUGGAGGUCCUACUGGCCCUCGCUGAUGGCAACGCCGACGGAAAGAUCUGCUACCAAGACUUUGUCAACCUGAUGAGUAAUAAGCGCUCCAACAGUUUCCGGAGGGCCAUUCUGCAGGGCAGCAGGCAGCUGAAAGGCUGCAGUCUCAGAGAUGAGGUAGGCUUGGGGCUGUCCCAGCGGCUGGUCCGACACGUCGCCUAUGAGACGCUGCCCCGGGAGGUCGACCGCAAGUGGUACUUUGACAGCUACACCUACUGUCCUCCGCCCUGGCUCAUCCUGGCUAUCACCAUCGCUGAGGUAGCUGUGUUCAUGUACUAUGGAUUCCAACUGGACCGCUUAGUCCUGCAGGUGUCCAGCCCGUCCUUCCUAAAGAGCCCCUUACCUUACCACCCCCAGCUGCGAGCCCAGUCCUGGAGGUACCUCAGCUACAUCUUCAUGCACACCGGGAUUGAACACCUGAGCCUGAACAUGGCCAUGCAGCUGCUGGUGGGGGUCCCUCUAGAAAUGGUCCACGGAGCCCUGCGGAUCGGACUGGUCUAUGUGUGUGGUGUGCUGGCAGGGUCUCUGGCGGUGUCCGUCACUGAUAUGACGGCACCGGUGGUUGGGUCAUCUGGUGGCGUGUACGCUCUGGUCUCAGCGCAUCUGGCCAAUGUAGUAAUGAAUUGGUCGGGAAUGAAGUGUCAGUUUAAGUUAUUCCGGAUGGCCAUGGCUCUGGUUUGCAUGAGUGUAGAGUUUGGUCGGGCGGUGUGGCUGCGCUUCUACCCUCCGGCCUUCCCUCCGUGCCCCAAUCCCAGCUUUGUAGCUCACCUGGGAGGGGUGCUGGUCGGCCUGACGCUGGGAGUGGUGGUCCUGCAGAACUACGAGCAGCGGCUCCAGGAGCAGUCGCUGUUCUGGAUCUUCUUCUGCGUCUACACCUUGUUUGUGCUCUGCGCUGUCUUUUGGAACAUCUUCGCCUACAGCUUGCUGGACGUGCGACUGCCACCACCGCCGUGACUUACGGAGGCGCAUGUCAAGACACUGCAUCCCCUAUAGACUACUACUCCAUUGGUAGAUGCUUAACCUCCUGGCUGGAUGGGAUCUGAACUGUCAGUCACCAUCCUCUUCCUUCUAGGAUGGAAACUGACAUGCAGCAGCGCCCGCUGUCGCUCUCAUCUUAACUUUCUCAGCCCGCCUGCUACCUUUUCAGGUUAAGCCUUACGAUUGUUCCCGCUAACCGUGCGAGCCAACCUCCAACCGCUCUUUGUCUACAUAUCUGCUGGACGUUUGUCUCAAGAGUAUCAGCCAGUGGGACAUUUGUUGUGACAACACUGUGUUGACAAAUGAGAAGCCUCGGAUCUGACACAACCACAUGGCUUAACCUACUCUGCCUCUGCCGCCUCAAUCCAACGGUGCCUUCUCGCGGAGACGUCGGCCUGAUGAAAGUAUUAUUUCUGCACAGUUGCCUGUUGUGCAGGGUGACAGCAGUGAAACCCUGAAGUACGAACAGAAACUUAAACUCUGUUUCAGACGGAGAAAGGUUCCUGAAAAUCCUGUAAUCUGUCUGCACCCUCAAAAGCAGUAAAUAAAGAGUAAGGUCAUGUGAGAAUUUAGGUUUAGUUGGUGUUUUUCCAUCGUUCUCAAACGCCUGAGAGGUUUCGACUGAGCAGACAGCAGGAUGUAGAGAGAGCAUGGAGCCACCUUCAAUAGUUAUUGUGAAUUUACCUUUGAAGGAGAGUGUGGGUUACCUUUCAGUGUUGCCUUCAGCAUUUGGCACCUCCCCAGAGAAGGAUUAAUUUGUGUUCAGCUCUAUUUGAACCUCUAAGUCUUGUCUUUGACUUGACAACUGUACCAUUGUGUGUACAGAUAAAAAAAAAAAGAAGCAGAAGUGCCAUUCAGACUUUAAGCUUUCAGAAAUGAUGCCAAAACAUUGCGACACGCUCCAGGGAAAGAGCACGUCCCCUGACAGGAAUUGCUUUUUGUGUAGGAAAAAUGAAUCUAAUUUUGUCUGUGAGGCGUCGGCUGAAUGUACCAUGAUGUUUUCAUGAUCUCUAAAGAGUCUCUCACUGACACCUUCGGGACAACCCCAGAAAUGCAGCCAAAAUCCUGUCAUUUUUUUGUGACACCUCUUGGCAUUUUCAGAGAGUUUUUGCAAUGGAUGAGAAAUUGCAAAAGGAGUUUAUUUAUUGAUUGGUGAAUUAAGGAGAGUUGGUUUUAGGAGAGUGAAAACAUUCACAGACGCAGACAGCUGGGCCACUCAGUAAAAAGAUCUAGUCGUUUUUCUCAUUACCAAACGUAGAAGAGCACACAUGCCUGACCUCGACUACAUCCAGGCUGGGGUCGUUUCACUCUCACAUCGGGAGGCAAUGGGGCAGAGAAGAAAAUCAAUGCUCUCUCAUUAGUUUUUUGUCACACAUGAAAAUGUUAAUUGAUUGAAGCGGACAGAGAACGACCCCAGCCCUGAGCUGUAGGUCUCAAACUGUACUGUACUUUAACCUCAUGUUACAGUGGUAACUGCUUCGCACAAAUAUUAUUAUAAUGUAAUUAUAUACAGAUUAAUAUUUUAACAUGCAUUUGCUGUUGAUUUAUCUUUUUUUUUUAACUUGGUGAUACUGGUAUGUUGUGUAAAUUGUUUGGUCGGUCUGCAUUGUGACAUGUUAGCUAUAUUCUGUAUGUAUCCUAUUUAAAAAUUAGUUAAAUAAUGGUCUGGGAUUGUACAUAAUAAGGGCUACGACACAAAAGGAGUAAGGGGUAAAUCGCUGAUAAUAUUUUAACAUUGUGCAUAUUUUGUAGAUUUGAUAUGUACAUACUGGAGUACAUUAAACCGUUUUUAUACAGAAACAACGUGCUCUCUUUGGAUCUAUCUUUGGAUUUUUGUCCUCAUGAACACUUUCAAGAAUUACUUUAAGAAAAUAAU